UUUGCGUGGCCAUAUUUAAUUUGCAGGCAAUUAGAAUAACCAAAGGCGGCUUCGCUGGACUUCCAUUUUUGGCCUUUCAAAAUUUAAAAAUUAUUGAUUAUUAUUGCCCUAUUCAUCGUUGCUUCUUCCUUCCCACCCUUUAAGAUGAUUGCCUCUUUACGCUUUAUUUCCUUUGUUCACAUUCUUCCUUCCACCUUUUCCUUUCAAGAUCUCGCAGAUCUUACCUCAAGUAAAUUUAAUUUCACAAGAAAUUUAGCAGAUCGAAAGAUUUUAUCUUUUCUAAAAAUGGCGGAGGAGCAUAGAUGCCAAACGCCGGAAGGCCACCGUCUUUGCGUUAACAACUGCGGCUUUUUCGGAAGUCCGGCGACAAUGAAUCUUUGCUCUAAAUGUUAUAGAGAUUUCCGUCUUAAGGAACAACAGGGAGCUACUUCCAUCAAAUCAUCUCUUUCUUCCUCUUCUUCGUCUUCAUCAGUCGUUGUCGAAUCCGUUUCUCAGGUUCCGCUGUUCACUCUGCCUGAAUUCAUUGGAGAAUCGCCAGUUCCUGCGGUGGAGGUUGCCCUGGUGGCGGAGCAACGGCCGCAACAGCAACAACCGAUUCGAUGCAUGGUUUGCAGGAAACGGGUCGGGUUGACCGGGUUCAGAUGCAAAUGCGAGAUUACAUUUUGCGGGUCCCAUAGGUAUCCAGAGAAUCACGGGUGUACGUUCGAUUUCAAGAAGGUUGGGAGAGAGGAGAUUGCACGCGCUAAUCCUGUGGUCAAAGCAGAGAAGCUGGAGAAGGUUUGAGAUGAAACUGGAGAAACCAUUGGAUCUCUUUAAGAUUGCGACACGUGUUUAGAUGGUAGUCCCCACCAUGAGGAGAAACCAAUUAGGCUGGACAAAAUUAUUUUCAGCCUAAUAGGUUUUCUUAAUAUAUAUAUAUAUAUAUAUAAUUUUAAUUUAUGUCAUUCUCUUUUGUAAAAAAAAGCCAAUGUUUUCAAGUAUUGAUGUGUAACUGUGGUGGAAGCUAUUUCCUUGCAAGUCAACCAAAGGAAAUAAAAAAUGUAAAUAGAAGGAAUGAGAGGGUUGUAUAUCAAGUACUAAUCAUUUAGAAAAUCUUUGAAUUCCAUUCUAUUCUAAUAGUUAAAUCGAGUUUAUUUUAUUUAUAAAUGUAUCUUCAGUAUUCUAAUA